UCGGAGACGUGUGAGGAGGUGAAGAUGUGUAGUUUGCAUGGAUGCAACGUGUUGAAAUAAAAUGGUGGCUGCCUCUUCUCCCUUGGACGUUACAAUCUAACUAGCUAAAGUUUUUCUUCACAAUUCUUGAUAACUUUGAGAGGAACAAAUGGAAUGUUUUGGGAGUCGUCUUCUUCUGCUGCAUGUCUUCCUCUUCCUCUUAUUUCUGCAGCUACGCUCCGAUGAGGAGCAAGAUCUACUUGAGGGGAUCAACAGUUUCAGGAACUCGGCCAAGGCCCCGGCUCUCGUGAAGCACGACAAGGCCGACUGCGUGGCCGAUGAAAUCGCGGACAAAAUGGAGGACAAGAGCUGCGCGUCCAACGCAGCGCCAACCACGCUGAUGUCGGACUACCCGGCGGUGUUGGAGAAGUGCAAGGUCGACGCGAACACGACGGUGGACGGGAUGAUCCUGCCCGUGUGCGUGCCCAAACGGACGGCCACGCUGGUCCUCACGAACUACACGCAGUCGCAGAACGCGAGGUACUUGAACGACUCCAAGUUCACCGGAGCGGGCAUCGGGGCGGAGGAGGAUUGGACGGUCUUGGUCUUGACCACCAAUACUCAAGGAGGUAGCUUUGCCAGCAGAUCCCAUCGUUGUGUAGCCCAUUAUGUGCCCUCGUUUAUUCUCUCUAUGCUUUCUAUUGUCUUUAUUUUUUGA